AAGAUAAAACUUUCCAUUCACUACUGAUUUUGCAGCAUCUAAUCGAUUUCUGUUUUCAAUACCUCACAUGCCCGAAAUCCCUCGUGUUUGUAUGACUAAUCAGUUUUAGAAAAUCUUGUGAUAAAGAUAAAACCGGCCAAUAAACCAAAUCAUUUGAAUUUAAUCUUUUAAUAAUUGGGAUCGAUUGCUUAAUUGCUCAGUUCCCGAUAACACUUCUGUAUAUAACGUUCAACGAUUGUCGUCUCCAGUACGAAAUUCGGCAUCGGUAGCUCAAGUAUAGAAUUUGAAGAAAAUGAAACUUUUUUCGGUUUUAUUGUUUUUCGUUUAUCUCAACUGUUGCUGGUCAUUUCAAGUGAUAGACGAAUUGAAAAAGCAAAUUAAUGAUGGCGAAAUUCUCGGUCGCUACAUUACAUCCGAAACUGGUCGGACUGUAAGUGCCUUCAUAGGAAUUCCAUUCGCAACGCCACCAAUCGGCAAUUUACGUUUCAAAGCACCACGCAAAGCGACACCGUGGAAUGGUACACUUGUAACACAAAAUGAACGAUCAAAGUGUCCUCAAAUUGAUUUGUUAAGUGGAGUGAUCGGUGUGGACGGCAAUGAAGACUGUUUGUUUGUAAACGUCUAUGUUCCUGAAACGUCCGCAAAUAACACACUGGACGUUCUUGUCUAUUUUCAUGGAGGGGCUUUCAUUCUAGGCCACGCAGGUCCAUCAACAUACGGACCUGAAUAUUUACUCGAUCAUGAUGUUAUUCUCGUUGCUGGUAAUUAUCGAAUCGGUGCACUAGGCUUUCUAUCAACAGAAGAUAGGAAUUGUCCGGGAAAUUUCGGAUUGAAAGAUCAGGCUUUAUUGCUUCAAUGGGUGCAAGAUAAUAUCGAACAUUUUGGCGGAAAUAAAGAUUCAGUGACAAUAUGGGGACAAUCGUCUGGUGCUACAUCCGUUGCUUACCAAAUGAUUUCACCGAUGUCUGAAGGACUUUUUCAUCGAGCGAUAUCAAACAGUGGAGGAUUGUUGGGACCUGCUCGUUCAGACGUAGCACGACAACAAGCAAUAAGACUAUCACAAUUAGUAAACUGCCCUGCUAACGAUACUGAGGAAAUGGUCGAGUGCCUAAGAAACGUUCCAAUCGAAAAUUUCAUUUUCUCCGGUCUGUCGUUCCCAAUAGUUGUGGAAUCUUUUGAAUCUGACGAACCUGCUUUCAUUGAUCGGCGCAAUUAUAACAAUCGUUUUUCAAGUUUUGCUCAAAUUCCAUGGCUGGUGGGUAUGAACAGUGAGGAAGGUCUCUUAAACUUGGGUGCAUCUUUGGACAAUAGUGAAUCAUUAGACGAGCUACUUCAAAAUUGGGACUCCGUUUUACCUACAACCUUAGGAUAUAGUCAUUUGAAUGCCACUGACAUUGCGGACAUCACUCGAAGCAUUAACGGAUUUUAUUUCGGAAUCGAGACAACACCGACAAACCCCAUCGACAUACAAACCCUUAUCGAUGUGUUUACCGACAGGUUCCUUGUAUUCAUUGAAACAGUCCAGAAAAGACUCGAGGAAAAUAGCCGAGGGAACACAUACGUUUACCUUUUCACUCAUAAAGGAAGAGCAAGUUUGAGUGGAACCGAAAGUUACUUUGGAACUGCACAUUCGGAUGAUUUGAUUUCACUGUUUCCAUUCCGAAAGACAGUGUUUUACAGUACGAUUCCUAGCCGACAAGACAGAGAACUAAUGAAAUUCAUGAGUCUUAUGUGGACCAAUUUUGCUAGAUUCGGAGAUCCUAAUGUACCUGAGACUCCAAUUUGGCCAUUGGUAACGAACAGUACUUUUGCAUCCAUGCAGUACCUUCAAAUCGGAAAUGAAAACGGUUUGUCAGAUAUCGAAGUUUUGCAAGCGAAAGUCGAUUAUUUUUCGACUCGAGCUGAAUUUUGGAGGAGAAUCCGAGAAGAUUAUAAUCUCAAUUCUUGGUUGGACGACGAUAGUUUCUCGUCAAGUCAGUGAUUUCUAUAACUUUAUUAAGAGACAGAAAUUGUUUGAAGAAAUGAAAUAAACGAUUGGCU